ACAACACAGGGAGGGUUGCUGUGCUAGCUUUGUUUUUGUCCUCUUCGUCCUCUUCCCGAUCCUGCAGCUGCUGCUGCUCCUUCCACAAUCACUUGGGCUCGAGCCGUCGGGGCUUUAGAUCCUUCCCGUGGCGCUGCACGGGUUUCAGUCCAGAGGGGUCUGGGGCGCUCUGGCACCAGGUGGGGCUAUGAAGCUCACACGGUUCUUGGGCAAGCUGGUGAACGAGACGGUGACCAUAGAGCUCAAGAACGGCACCUCUGUCCAGGGUACCCUUACCGGGGUGGACGCGUCGAUGAACACUCACCUGAAGCAGGUGAAGGUGACGGUGCGGCACAAGAACCCGGUGGGCAUGCACUACCUGUCCAUCCGCGGGUCGAACAUUCGCUACUACAUCCUCCCGGACCACUCGGAUCUGAACUACCUGCUCAUCGACGACGCUCCCAAGCAGAACCCGCCCAAGUUCCCGAUCGGCAGCUUCAAGGGCCGCGGCAGAGGCCGCAAGGUCGGCGGGGACGGCGGCGGCCGUGGCGGGGGCGGCGGCGGCGGCAGAGGCGGGAGGCGGUGAGGUGGCCAGCGUGUGGCGGGGCAGGCGGCAGGGGGGCCGGUGCGCGGUGGGCACUUCCGCCCUCCUGCAACGCGCGCGGCGGCGAGGGAGCGGCAAGGCCGCAUUGAGGGCGGGGGGGCCGCGCCGCCACGCUUGCAGCCUGCCGGGGCUCGGGUGGCGCGCCCGUCCGCGCCGCCAUCGCUCGCGCGGCCUACCUCUUGGGGGGGCAAGAAGAGCGCAGCUGCCCCGCCCAUCCUGGGGGAAGGAGGGCGAGGGCGGGGCAGGUGUGCGAUUUUUCCCCACUGCUUAAUCAAUAGUCUCUUCGCGUAUACGUGUGCUCCCAUCGUUGCGCGGGCGUGCGAAUAGUUUGUGGCUGGGCACUGCGGACUGGAUCCCGCAUCCGCUUGACUGUGCUCCUCGGUCUUGUUUGUCCACGCGCAGCUUUGGGCUCUGUCUUGGCGCGUCCGCGAAUGAUCUGAGCACCACCGGCUGAGCACUUCCUAUUCCUGCGAUGCCGAUAUCGGCAAAC